AACAAAUCGUGUGUGAUAACGACAUGCCAACGCGGACCGCACCACGUCUGAAACGACUGAAACUGACAGCCACCCACCGGCCACCAUACGAGUUACGCGGCAUAGAGCAUACAAAGUUUGUAAAACACGGUCAAUCGAGCAAUCGACAGUCAGAAGCGUUGUAACACUUGUAACUGUUAACUGUUCUUAUUCCACAUUCACUAUUUUACUCCGCCACCGACCACCGCUAUUUACAACACGUCAAUUUCUGUAUUCUAUGACGUCAGUGUUCUGUACUCCGUGCACGUCGACUGUACUCUAGUGCUCUACUGUUAUUUGCUCUCGUAUCGUGUCUGUUGUCGUUGCCACGUAUUCACGUAUAUUUUCCAUUCACCUACAUCCGCCGAUCGUUCGACACUUGUAUAAUGGCACCUAAACAGAGGAUGAGGAUUGCCAACGAGAAGGCCAGCAAAAACAUUACCCAGCGAGGCAACGUACCCAAAUCGACGAAAUCUGAGAAAAAUAAAACACCUGUUAGUCCAUGGCUGCUGGCAUUAUUUUUAUUUGUUGUAUGUGGAUCAGUUAUCUUUCAACUCAUCCAAAGCAUAAGAAGUGCAUGAAUACCAAAUCUCUAGGCUUCUAAAAUUCAUAUUUUCAUCAACAUUCUUGCAUCUCAAAAUGUUAUUCCCCUUAUUUUAUUUUUUUUUAAAUUGUGUUAUUUUGUUGUCAGGUACAUAAUUAUUUUCUUUAUUAUAAAUUUAUUC